AUGGCGCAUUUUAACAUGGCAAUCCACACAGCGAGUGGCGCAGUUGCUAAUGGUGGGAUACGUAACGAUCUGGGAGAAAUCCCAGUGCAAUCAGGUAAACAGAGCGAUCAUUUACCUGCAAAGCUACGUCGGAUUUCAAGGCCAAACACGAUCGAGGAAAUUCGUCUCAGAAGACGUAGUAGAAAAAAGAAGCAGCGAGAGAGAAAUAGAUCCAUGUCUAAAAGUGAGAGACGAUUAGAGAAGAAACGAAAAACCGAAAAUAAAGAUCUUAAACAAGUAAACAAGAUAAAGGCCCUUGUCGUUCGUGUAAAGAAAGAAAGAAAGCGUGCUGUAGAUUUCUGGCGACUAUGGGAUAAAGAAAAAAUGUUACACAGUGCCAGCAACAUAAAUGUACAUCAAAUUGAAGAGAUUAGCCUCAAAGACUUUGAUGAUGGAAAGCAUGACAUUGGAGAGGGAACAUUUGGAGUUUGCAGGAAGAAAGUUUAUAGAGGUCACAUAGUUGCCGUAAAGUACUUCAAGGACAAUUCACUCUCAUCAGAUGUGGAGAAGGAAGCCCUGAUGAUUAGUGCAUUUGAUCAUCCAGGUCUGCCAUUUCUCUUUGGUGCAAAUGUCAAAAAUAAACCCUAUUUAUUGGUGACCGAAUUUUAUAGUAUUGAUGGACAAUGUGUGACAUUACAAAAUGCUGUGAAGGGUAUGUUGUCUUUGAGUAUUCCUAAAUGGGCCAACAUUCUGGAAAAGAUAUCCGAAGCUCUUUCUUAUAUUCAUAGUAAAGGGUUUAUUCACGGUGACAUUAAGGGUAAUAAUAUUGUGAUAAGAAAGCAAUCCGAUUCAUUUUAUCCGGUAAUCAUUGAUUUUGGCAAAAUGAAAAAAAAAUAG